AUAAAUUUCUAUGAUUGUUUAUAUUUUUUUUAAUAAUUUUUGCAUUAUUAAUACAUCUCGACUAUAGAAGUGAUAAAUUCAGUUCUACUCUUGAAUCAGAUAGGUUAAGUCUCGUUAAAAUUGAAAAACAAAGCAGUGCAUCAUGGCCGACGAAAGUUAUGAAGUGAUUACUAGAAUGGAAGAUAUCACAGAACAAGACGAUAAACAUUUGGCUGGCGCGAAAAAGGAAAUAAGGAACGAUCUCACUGUCAUUAUACCCGAAAAUCCGUUUCCUGAAAUAGAAGUCGAUGCGUAUCCACCCUUAAAGUUCUCAUGGGUUAUUCCCAAAAAGUUGGCAGCAAUGGCUUUUCCGAGGAACAAGGAGAAUGUUCAAUUUAUCGUCAAUCAGGGUAUCACACAUCUGGUAACACUAACCGCUGGAAAAAAACCGCCAGUUGACGAUGUUGCCAGGAUAAGGUGGACAGAGAUACCCAUAGAAGAAUUUGAAGCACCAACAUUAGAGCAUAUAAAAAAGUUUAUUGAUGUGUGCAAAAGGGCAGAUAAAAACGGUGAGGUUGUAGGCGUCCACUGCCGGCAAGGUCGUAGCCGCUCAGGCGUGAUGUUGGCGUGCUACCUGGUACACUUCCACAGGUUUCUACCCGACCAGGCCAUGAACGUCAUCAGGAUGGUGAGAACAGGUUCCCUGGACUUCCCGGAGCAUGAGGAGGCAGUGGGACGGUACUUCGAGUAUUUGACAGAAGACAACCCUCUCAAAUUUGGUGUUAGCGGCGACGUGAUGGACGAAUUCAUUGAAACAGCAAAGGAGACAACGAAGAAGGCAUUAUAAACUGUAUUAGGUUUUAAUUCAUAAUUAUACCUAUUCAUAAAUACUGUAUUUGGGAAUCGAGUUGUAACUUGUACCUGAUGUAAAUUAAAAUGGAUUUUGAUACA